AUGGCUGAGUGCACCGACCCUCCCCUUGAUAUCAAUGUGUCAUUACCCGCCGAUUCUCCCCCUCUCGAUUUUCUUUCCUUUUUGGAACCCUUUCAGGAUUCUCCCUCGCUCGUAGAUUCGUUGGUUCCCGGUGCUGAUGCUGAUCCUGUUAGACAUAUGUCUUUUGGUCCAGAGCAGCCAGAUACCGAUGUAUCGGGUCUGAGCUUUUCUCAGCUCUUGGAAGAUGAAAAUGAUGAUAUUGAGGAGAUAAUCCGGAAGGCAGAUCCAGGGCUGGGACCUUGGAACUUCACAUUGCCAGAUGAAGAUUCUUUCAAUCUCAGGACUCCAAGCAUAUCAGACAACCCACCUUUACCGCCAGAAAGUCCAGAAAUGCUCGUACUUCGGUUUGAUAAGCUCACCUGUGGAAUUUUAUCUGUCAAAGAUGGUGCAUUAGAGAAUCCAUGGCGCACACUCAUUUGGCCGUUGGCGAAAGACACGCCUGCACUUCGUCAUGCCAUCUUUGCUUUAACGGCUUUCCACUCAAGCAAGCAAAAUCCCCAUCUUCGGGUGCAAGGAGUAAAGUACAUGCGCCAGAGCAUAACUGGUCUAGUUGGGCAAAUUCAAAAUAUGAGAGCGGAUGCUGCGCUGGCAACUAGUCUGGCGUUAGCAUUUGCCGAUACCUGGGACCAACACACCCGCACAUGCAUUCAACAUUUGCGAGGUGCAAAAGCUUUAAUGUGCCAGGUCAUCGCAGCCGGUAUGCAGGGAGGUGUUAGCGACGAGGAAUUGGACCGCAUUCGGUUCCUAUAUAACACAUGGUCCUAUAUGGACGUGAUUGCGCGACUGACUUCUUUGGAUGAGUGUGGCCCGCAAAGCUGGGAUUCUUCAAUUUUCGAUCUUCCGAGUGAUACAGUUCAUGAUAUUGAUCCCUUGAUGGGCUGUGCAACUACUCUAUAUCCUCUCAUGAGUCGUGUAGCAAAGCUCAUCCAGCAUGUGCGGAAGAGUUCAUCGAAUACAGUUUCGGUUGUGGCUCAAGCUAUGGAACUUAAAGCUCUUGUCGAGCAGUGGGAGCCACCACACUGGUUUGAACCACCGGAUGACCCCAAUUCCGAGGUUCAGCAUAGCAUUCAAGUUGCACAUGCCUAUCGCUGGGCAACGUUGCUGUACCUGCACCAGGCUGUCCCAGAGAUACCCUCCGAGCCAGCCGACGAAUUAGCAAAGAGAGUUCUGAUCUUGCUUGCCACUGUUCCCUAUACUUCCCGAACUACUAUCAUACAGAUGUUCCCUCUUCUAGCCGCUGGCUCCGAGGUUGACACCGACGAUGACCGAAAAUGGGUCUUGGAUCGAUGGACCACAAUUCAGUCUCGCUUGAUGCUAGGUGGUGUAGACCGUUGUUUGGAGGUAUUGAAAGAGGUCUGGGAACGUCGCGAUGCAAUGAAUGCCAGAAGAGAGCGACAAAUGGCUGUUUCACGGCGUGCUGAAUCUUUUUCAUCCGGAGACGGACAGAAAAUGAGCUCCUCAUUGCCAGCCGAUUUCCGCAAACACAGUCUCAACGGUUCCCACAAGGGCCCAACAGGAGGAAGACCAGGGCAACCUGUAUCGAGGAUUGCACGACGGGGCUCCGCACUCGCUUCACUUGAAAAUAUUGAAUUUGAACGAACCGUGCGCGGAAAAUUGCAUUGGGUGAAUGUUAUGGCUGAGUGGGGAUGGGAAGGUGGGUUUGACAACUAUUGA